UCUUUUUCCACUAAGCUGUUUCUUGUUGUUGAAUUCUUUGCAUAGACAGCAUUUUUGCAAUAGAAGUGCAAUAAGCUCUGACAGGAGCUCCUCCGUGAGUCAGUGUGAAGGCUCCAAGGGUUAUUCUUGUUUUUCUUUCAUCAAUCUGAUGUCCUGCCAAAGAAUUUCCAACAAAUUUGCACAGCAAGAAUUUCCUCGCCCAGAGACCAACCCUCUGGAUGGCUGAAGGCUAUAAAGGAACUGCUCUUCCAUACAGAGGACUCAGAGUGAAGAACAAGCUAUGGCGGGACUCUGGCUCACCCUGGUACUGCUCAGCCUGGCCGUGACGCCCAACGCGGGCACUUUGCCUACCAACAACCAUAGCACUGAGCAGAUCUUUUCAGCCGUCAAGAGCGGAAUAGAGCUAUAUAAUAAAGAACAAGGCAGCGAAUGGGCAUUUGCUCUGCACAUGAUCUCCAGGAUCCAUGGAAAUGCCCCGUCAGAUGCUGAGAUUGUGCAUUUCUUUAUCAAGGAGACCGACUGCCUGAAGUCACAGAACAAAAUGAUUGAGGAAUGUGCCUUUAAAGAUGAAGGGAAGGUGGAGCACUGCUCGAUGGUCAUCUCCGGAAAGGGACACAGUGACCCCGUCUGUGACAGUUAUACCAAGAUGAUUGUAGCACGGACACAUGGAAAACUACCAAGAUGGUUCUGCCCCAGACCAGGUUCAUGCUCCCCUAUAUAAGGCCACAAAAGCAGUUGUGCUGCAGUUAUGUGUGUCCUGCACAUCUUAAGCAAUGAGCUCUUUUUUCACCCCCCACAUGUGUUGCCCAGUAGUAGUAGUACGGCAAGCCAGGCACCCCAAUAUCCUGUAACCCCCAAUAUUUUUCUUGGCAACUUCAGCCCAAACGAUAAAAUUCAUAGCGCGCACGGGGCUUGGGGCUGAGCAUCAUUUUGUCUGCUGUUUGCAAGAAGAAAGGGAUUGAGAUAUUCCCGAAACGCCGUGUAGAAAUGCCAAACCGGCUGGAUAAGUUCUCUCGCUGUUAUUAUUGCGCAUUGAGUGUAAGCUUUGUAUGGACAUUGCAAUAAAUGCUACGUUUUAUAUACA